AUGGGCUUCGUUAAAGUCGUCAAGAACAAGCAAUACUUCAAGCGUUACCAAGUUAAGUUUAAGAGGCGCCGUGAAGGUAAAACUGAUUACUAUGCCCGCAAACGUCUCGUUGUUCAGGACAAGAACAAGUACAACACUCCCAAGUACCGUCUCAUCGUACGUCUAUCCAACAAAGAUGUUACUUGUCAAGUAGCAUACUCUCGAAUUGAGGGAGACCAUAUUGUCUGCGCUGCUUACUCCCAUGAGUUACCUCGUUAUGGUAUCAAGGUAGGUUUGACCAACUAUGCAGCUGCAUACUGCACAGGCUUAUUACUGGCGAGACGUCUUUUACAAAGACUAGGUCUUGACACAUUGUAUACUGGAGCAACUGAAGUCACUGGUGACGAAUACAAUGUAGAGCCAGUAGACAAUGGACCAGGAGCAUUUAGAUGUUACUUGGAUGUUGGUCUGGCAAGAACUACAACAGGAGCUAGAGUUUUUGGAGCAAUGAAGGGUGCAGUUGAUGGUGGCCUUAACGUUCCACACUCUCUGAAGAGGUUCCCUGGUUAUGAUGCUGAAGCAAAGAAAUUCAAUGCUGAGGUUCAUAGAGCACACAUCUUCGGUCUUCAUGUAGCAGAAUACAUGCGUAAUUUGGAACAAGAAGACGAAGAUUCCUUUAAGAGACAAUUUGGCAAAUACAUAAAACUUGGUGUUGCAUCUGAUGCUGUUGAAGGUUUAUACAAAAAAGCCCACGAAGCAAUCCGUGCUGAUCCAUCUUACAAGAAGAAGGAAGCCAAGAAAGACCCAGCUAAGAAGAAACGCUGGACCAAGCGUAAGCUGACAUUGGCUGAGAGAAAGAACAGAGUCAAACAAAAGAAGGAGUCUUACAUAAAGAGACUUCAAGCUCAAGCUGAUGCUUGA